AAAGAUAACCUUUACUGGAUUAUUACAGAUAAGUUAAACAUAAACAAAUUCAACAUUUCUACCUGUUCAACUGUUCAACUGUUGUCCUGAAUUGACGUGUCGACAUGUUGUGUAAUCAAUAUAUAUGUAAUUCAAAGGAAGUAUGAUUAGAUGUACAUGUAUCCCAUAAGACCAUGUUUUCCUUGAGAAUGAAGAGAACCAUUAACUGGACCAGCAUGGGUUUUCUCCGGAAGUUGUUGAUAACUGUUCCUCUGGUAGUAGUGUGUAUACUUAUCUUCAGAACACAGUAUUUCAAAAUGAAAAGCACUGUAGACAGAAUUGGUGAUGAUAUAGAUUAUGAAACACCACAAGGGAAAAUAGACUAUAUUGCUCAAUAUCUAGAUGUCCGAUGGACUGUGAAACAAAACUUACAUACGUAUGCAAAACAUGUGCUAGUUUUCAAAAAUACUGGAACACACACUAUUGAAGAUAAAUUAUGGAAAAUAUAUUUUCAUCACAUUCGGAUUGUAGAACCGAAAAAUGACAUGAUUGACGAUCGAUAUCAACAUAAUAUUCUUCUUGGACAAUCAGGCUUGAGAGUUUCGCAUGUUUCCGGUCUGUUGUAUUACAUAUUUCCAGAUAAAUACCUAUACAAACCCUUGAAACCUUCCGAAGAGUUAUCGGUUCCGAUAAUGUCUUCCCAUUUCCAACUAUCUAAAACUGACUCAUUUCCAAACUGGUACGUUACCGGGCCUAAUCUAGCACCCCAAAUUAUAAAAAGUACCGAGGGAGAAGAAUUGGAAUUUGUUUCCUCAUUUAAUCACCCAGAUCAGUGGAAGAGAAGUAAAGAAGAUGAACACAAUCCGUAUACUGCGAAAGAUCGAUACAAUAUGAGUAAACACAGUUUUAAGGAUUUAGCUAAAACGAGGAAAACUAUCAUACCAACUCCAGAGGAAGUCCGUGUGUCGGAAAAGUCCGUUGUAUUUGAUGCUUCCGAAUGGGUUAUAUUGAGUUCUGUUGAUUUUCCAUCCGAAGUUCAGUUUCUAGCUGAUAAACUUGCGAUGAAAAUUGUACAGAAAACAGAUAAAGACAAAUUUAUUCAGUUUUCAAAAGGAUCGCCAACAUUCCAUAAACAUAUCCAAGAACAAAAUAAUGAAGCUUACGAACUGCGAGUCGAUGCAGAGUUACAGAAAAUAUCCAUCAUAUCACCUACAAGCCAUGGAGCCUUUAAUGGUUUACAGUCAUUACUUAGCUUGGUUGACGAAUCAGUCCAUUCCAAAGAGAAGUCUUUACAGGAUGUACAUAUAAAGGACCGACCAAGGUUUACAUAUAGAGGUCAUAUGGUUGACUUGUCCAGAAAUUUUCAUGGGAAAGAAACAAUAAUGGAAUUGCUGGAUAUAAUGGCUAUGUACAAACUAAAUAAAUUACAUCUUCAUUUGUCAGACGACGACGGGUGGAGAUUACAAAUUCCUCAGAUACCAGAACUGACAAAACUUGGUUCAAAUAGAUGUCACGACGAAAAAGAGACUAUAUGUCUGAUGCCGUCACUUGGUUCUGGACCUCAUAAAACUAGUCUCGGUUCUGGUUAUUAUACUGUCAAAGACUAUCAAGAAAUCCUAAAAUAUGCCAAUCGACGCCAUAUUCAAAUUAUACCGGAAAUUGAUAUGCCAAGUCACAUGCGCGCUGCACUUAAAUCGAUUACACUGCGUCAACAAAAUCGCAAAGAUGAAGGAGACUUGUAUAAAAUGACAGACAGUGAAGAUGGUAAUAACUAUCGGACUGCUCAAGGAUUCAACGACAACUCUGCGAACCCAUGUCGUCAGGGUCUGUAUAACUUUAUUGAUGUAGUCCUGGGAACACUCGUAUCCAUACACAAGGAUAUACAACCUUUGACCUUGUUUCACAUUGGAGGAGACGAAGUACCCGCGCGUGCGAUGAGAGAUAUGAAAUGUUCUGUAAAUCGAAAUGAUAUAAAGCAAUACUUCAUAGAGAAGAUUGUUGGCAAUACAAAAUUUAACGAAUUAUCGUAUGCUGUUUGGGAGGAUGGACUUCUGAAAAAUAAUACACCAUAUUCUUUAAAAAGUUUGGGUGUAAAAGAAAGAGAUCUGUAUGCCUUUGUAUGGACAGAACAUAAUAAAGCGUUGUUUAAAGUAGCAAAUGCAGGUUACAAGGUAGUCAAUUGCCGAGGAGCCUAUUUAUAUUUUGAUCAUCCGUAUGAACCAGAUCCAGAGGAAAGAGGCUUAUACUGGGCUACUAGAUACAUCAAUACUAAAAUGGUUUUUGGGUUUGACCCAUUGAAAGGAAAAGAAGGUUAUGGGUCCCUGGACAAACCAGAAAAUAUUGUAGGCAUGCAAUCUCAGCUGUGGACUGAAUUAAUCAGGACAAAGGAACAAUUUGACUAUAUGACAUACCCACGUCUACAAGCAAUGGCUGAGCGGGCAUGGCAUAGGGCAGAAUGGGAAACAACAGCGGAUCAGAUAGAGUUUGAAAGGGACUGGAUAAAGUUUGCCAACAGUCUUUCAUAUAGGGAACUCCCUAAAUUGGACAGAAUGCACGUGAAUUAUCGUCUACCCCCUCCAGGUGCAAUAAUCAAAGACGGAAUCUUGCAUGUAGCCUCUGUGUUCCCUGGACUUCCCAUAGAGUAUAGUGUAAAUACAGGAAGUCAGCCUCUAGUCUGGAACAGGUUAAAAGGAGGAGAACGAAUUACAGAAACAAUUAGUUUACGAACGUUGUCACCUGAUGGAAAACGUCACAGCAGAGAGGUCUAUGUUCGUCCAUAAGUUCUUGUGAAUGACAGGCGUUGGGUUACAAUACUAUAUAGGAACAAGAAAACAAAUAGUCUGGACAUAGGAAGAAUGGUUCAGGGAGCGUCUUCAGAGGAAAUGCUACUGAAAUUAAGGUGGUACCUAACACUACAGGGAGAUAACUCUGUAAAAUCAGCUAAACGUUUCAAUUACGUUGUGUUGUUAAGGGAAUAAUAAGCUUCUCAAUGAUCAAAAUUAGUGUUUAUCAAACCUCUAUAUAACCAGUGUAAUUUUUCUGAUAAAUUGGUUGGUUCAAAUGUUUUUAUUUUUUUAUAUUUUUAUUGUAGGGUUAGACUAAAUAUUUUGGUAAAAUUUUAUGAAAAUUAAACGAGCCAAUUAAGUUUUAGUCAAGGUGUUGGGUACCACCUUAAUCAUGUUCUUCAACAACGAAAAAUGCUUUCAGGUGCAAUCAAACAUUAAACAUAGCCGUAUGCACAUUGUUAUGAUCAUGAAUGUGAAACUAUUAUAGUGCUUUUACAUUUUCUACAAAUGAUAGUGAGGGUAAAUAUUGGAUGCUAAUAUGUAUGCUAUUUAUGUAAUGUAUGAUAAUAUGUAUGUUAGCGUGAAUGUAUGUUGAAUAUGUAUGUAUGUUAUGCAUGUAAUGUAUGUUACAAUGUAUGUGUGCUAUGCAUGUAAUGUAUGCUAAAAUGUAUGUUAUGCAUGUAAUAAAUGUUAAUAUGUAUGCUAUGCAAAAAGACAUGUUAUGUGUGUUAUCCUUUAUGUAUGUUGAUAUAUAUAUAUAUUUUAUGCAUGAAAUGCUUUUGAUAUGUACAAAUAUAUAUGCAUAUAAUGCAUGUUAUAUCGGUUAUUGGCAAGUUACUAUUUUGUUUCUAGAGUAAUAAGCACAUGUAUGUUUAUCAUGUAUAUUUAUGUGAUGCUAAAAAAAAUAUUUUCUUCAAAAUAUAAUGUGGAUAAUAUCUAGUGUAUUUUUUAUGCCCCACCUACGAUAGUAGAGGAGCAUUAUGUUUUCUGGUCUGUAUGUCCGUCUGUCUGUUCGUUCGUCGCACCGUACGUUCAUUCGUCCCGCUUCAGGUUAAAGUUUUUGGUCAAGGUAGUUUUUGAUGAAAUUGAAGUCCAAUAAACUUGAAACUUAGUACACAUGUGCCUUAUGAUAAUUAUUAUGAUGUUUCUAAUUUUAAUGCCAUAUAAGAGUUUCAUAUCCAACUAAGUUAGACAUCACGUGACUUUUGUGACGUAUAAUAGCCGCCAUUUUGUAUUAUAUUUCCCCAUAUAAAAUAAUAAAGUUGAAUUUUCUCAUAAACCUGAUCCGUUUUCUUACUUUUGCAAAUCAAUCCUUGACAUUCAAACAUAUUUCUAUCAAACACUGUUGGUCCUUACAGUUUAAUUUUUGAUUAAAUUCGGUCAAAUCGGAAUCGUAAAACAUGCACUUUUUCUCGUCAUUUCUCCGUUGACUCAAUGCUAAAUUACCGAUACCCAUGUCUACUUUUACAACAAAUAAAGAAAUUCUGUAAAUAAAACACAAACUUUGCAAAUCGAUUUAGUAUAUUCAAACAUAUAGCUGGCGAUGAAUACUACUUAAAACAGUUUAAUUUCAGGGCAAAAUCGGUCAAACAUCGAUUUAAAAAGGGAAUUUUCCGAGAUUUUUCAAAACGGCGGCUGGUGUAUCACAUGGAAAUGUUGCAUCAAAUUAAUUAUUUCUGUAGUAAAACUUUCCUAGAUU